GACAGCUUUGCUUAUCACACAGCUCCUGGUAUCACACAAUGCAUAUGGCUCUAACUGAGGAAUUUGGUACACAGUUCUGGGCAAAUGAAGGCAGCUAGGCUGUUCUUCAGGUAGACACACCUCCCUGAGUCUUGCAGAAAGAGGAUUCCAGAAACAUGGGAGACUGGGAGUUUCUUGAGAAGCUGUUGGACCAAGUGCAGGAGCAUUCCACAGCCAUUGGCAAGGUCUGGCUAAUGAUACUUUUUAUCUUCCGCAUCUUGAUACUAGGACUAGCGGGUGAAUCUGUGUGGGGGGAUGAGCAAUCAGAUUUCACAUGCAACACAGAGCAACCUGGCUGCACUAAUGUCUGCUAUGACAAGGCCUUCCCCAUCUCACAUGUUCGUUACUGGGUGCUACAGUUCCUCUUUGUGAGCACACCCACCCUGGUAUAUCUGGGCCAUGUGGUCUAUCUCUCUAGGAGAGAAGAGAAGCUAAAACAGAAGGAAGAUGAAUUAAAAGCUAUUGAAGACAAAGAUCCAGAAGUGAAUCGUGCUAUAGCUAUCCUAGAGAAAAAACGUUUAAAAAUUUGCAUCCAAGAAGAUGGUAGAGUCAAGAUUCGUGGCGCUCUCAUGUGCUCCUACACAGCUAGUGUUAUCUUUAAAAGCAUCUUUGAAGCAGGAUUCCUACUGGGCCAGUGGUAUCUCUAUGGAUUUGUAAUGCCUCCUGUUUAUGUUUGCCAGAGGGAUCCCUGCCCUCAUAAAGUGGACUGCUUUGUAUCCCGACCAAUGGAGAAAACAAUUUUCAUAAUUUUCAUGCUGGUGGUGUCCUUCAUCUCUCUACUACUCAAUUUGCUGGAGGUGGUUCACCUAGUUUGCAAGAGCAUGCUCGGUACAAUGAAGAAGUAUUCACAUUAUAACUCCACCCCCAGGUACCCAAAAGAGGAGGACAUGUUUCCAAGUAAAGAAUCAGAAACAGCAACAGCUCCAUUUCUAGAUAAGUCUUUUCUUUACCUUCCUAUGAGUGAAAACAUCUCAUAUCCACCAUAUAAGAUGCCAAAUGAGCAGAACUGGGCUAAUUUUAAGGCAGAGAAAGAGCUAGCCAUAAACUGUGUGAACCAGCAACCUUUAGGACAUUACAAUCACAGUGCUUUUGCGCCUGUAUCUCAUGGACCUCAGACUGUAGCUGAGAAGCCUUCUAGCAGAGCCAGCAGUUCUGCCUCUAAGAGGCAGUAUGUUUGAAGCAUCUUCAUUAUUUUACUACUAUGUUACUAGAGGUUUAGUGCAGUAAUGAGGAGCACAGGCUCAAUGACCUGAACACAAUAUCCAAAAUACAUCCUUAUUCCUACUGACUAUGAAAUAAAUCAUCUUGUUUCCAUGAAUUUUACAAGUAAUUGGUAUAGCUACUGUAAGUGGGAAUGAGGAGAGUCUGGAACAGAAAUGAAUAGUAUCCAUGCCAUCUUGAUGGAGUGGUUUCAGGAAUAAAAAACUAAUCAGGGUUUACUUUGGUAACGGUGGUAGAUUUAGGUUAUUAUUGAUGCCACCAUUUUUUUUUUCUGAAGUUUGAUUUUAUUUUUUUUCUACUUAAAAGGACCUUCUGGUAAAGGAAUAUAUCACUGUGAAUUUAAAAUUCAUUCUCUUCCAGAGCUGGUCAGACUUGAAUUUGCACUUUUCCCUCUUUUAAGAGAUCGCACUAUGUGAUUAUGGUUAUGUUUCCUUUUGGCUAUCUUUUACAGUGCUAGCCAUUUUGACAGACUUAAAAUGUGUUAUAAAAUGUUGAUAAAAUAGUAAAAUGUUUUAGGAGAGUUAUAAUUUUGCUUUAGUGGCACACUGUUACCCACCAAAAUCAAGCUGCAAUGUUAAAUAUAUAUAUUAUAAAGCUAUUUUGUGCCAGUGCUAAUUUGUAUCAGUAGAUGCCAAACUGGUGCUACAUUGUGAUAUAAUACAAUUUUUAGGCAACUCCACAACACUAAACCCCAGAGUACUAUAUAUUUUAACUUAAUACAAGCAUCAGUAUAUUUAGCCACUGCAGUACUGUAUUUAGGUUUUAUGCAGUCCUAGAGCCAAUCUUAUACACUGUACUUCCCAUUUAUUUUAGCUUUUUCCUGACUAUCCACCUAUAAUUUCUUUAUAAUCACAGACAAUUCCUUUAAACACACAAUAUCAAAUUAUCAACAAAUUUGUAAGGUACAGGCCAAGUGAGGAAAUAUAUUUUAGAUUAAAAUGUAUCACUAAUUGUCUGCUGCCUUUAAAAAUAAAUCUACCACCUUUUGGCUUAUGCAUAAAUAUAUCCCAGAACUACAGGGAUUUUAAAAAGGACUAUUAUAUAAUGUGUGUUUGUGUUUUUUUGUUUUGUUUUUUUCUUUAAAACGAAGUUUGAUAGGGUAGUGUGAGAUGGGGUGAUGUUCAUCCAAGUCUCAUAAGACAUGCAAUGCAGCCAGUGGUUAAAACAGAUCUGCAUUCCCUUGGACAAUGGACAAUGACAAAACUUGAAUACUUUUGAUAUUUGUGAUUUUUUGUGACUUGUAUAUCAGAAUGUUGUCUCCAAUAAAUGACAUUUUAGAGAUUUAAGAAUUAUUGUUGUGACAAAAUUGUUAACAUAAGAAAUUUGUUAUAUAAACAAAACAGAUGUCAUUGCAUCAAAGGGGGGGGUAUAGUUUUUACCUUCAAUACAAAAUGAUUUAAGGAAAUAAAUAUUUAUAUAAAAAAAUUAUCAUCUGGCAAUAAAACCCUGAUUUUGCAGCAUCAAAUUUGUGCUUUAUCAAGAGUAGCAGAAUGAUCUGCAAUGCAAAGUUCUGCACCUAUGAUAAUUGCAAUACUUUUGCUUUGCUCUGCAUAUAUAGGACACAAUAUUCUAAAGCUCUCUAGUUUAUUGAGAUUCUAUAAGAUGCAUCUUCAAUAUUACCAGGCACCUCAGAGAUUGUUUAAGAGAAAAUUGUUUCCUUGGGUAUUGUGUAUCUUGGAAAACAAAGAAAUUGAGUUAACUGAGCUAGGGUGAUACCAAUAUAAUGCCACAGAUAGGGAACUCCUCCAAAGUUAGAACCCUCAAACAAACUGAAAAAAGAUGUAAGACCAAGUAUGCUAUACAAACAUAAAGGUCACUGUUCUUUGGCGCUAAAAAAAGCUAAAUAUAUAAGCGGUAUCAGGCUGUCUACAAAUUAAGAUAAUUAUACUGGCUGUGCCUGGUUAAUACCAUAUAAUAUCGGCAUAGAAUAUGAAGUAUCAAAAUAUCUAUAAAAUAUCUAUAAAAUAGAUUAACAAUUUAAUGUUGACAUAUAACACACAUGAAAAUAGAAUAAAAUCAAUCAGUUUAAAAACAAUUAGUAAAACAUAAUGCUGCAAAGUUCAUGUGGGUACUGAAUUCAUUAGUGGAGUCCCAGAUGGUAAAUGAUAUCCAAUGAUCCUGUGAUAAAAUAAGAUGAGACAAGAGAUCCUUGUCUGAGUAUUGCAGAGUAUAGAGUUAUUUACUUUAAGGUGCACUUUUUUACUUACACCGAAAGUGUGGUAAAGCUGUCCCAAGUAUAUGUUCCACUGUGGGGUCUUCUCCGUCUAUGAUUUGAAUGCACUCCUGUAUCAGCUACCGGUUUUCCAGAUACAGGAUCCAAUGUGAUGUGCGUUUAGUUUUUUCAAAUCCGCUGACUACGAUCAGAGCGGUCAAACUAUGGAAGCCCCAAUGUUACCAAAAACAGAGCAAAGCGUUUCGGCUGCAAGCCGUUCUUAAGCUCUCUAUAUAUAAUAGAUGGUAUUAACCAGGCAAAGCUGGUAUAAUUAUCUUCAUUUGUAUAGUGUAUCUCACCAACGGGAGAUCACUAAUAUACUAUAUAUGAAGCAAAUACACUUAUAUUACAAUAUAAUGUUCAGAAAAAUAAACUCAUGAUUUCUCUACUAUUUGGCAAUCGGGCACAUAGCCACAACUUUGAAGGAACAAUGACAGAGCAUCAUUUAAUUUCUUAAAGAUAGUAUUUAAUUACUAAUCUAACACUUUCAACACAAAAGGCAUCUGUCUCAAGCAAAUUCUAUAUUGAAUAAGACAUGUACACUUCAAGUUUUCUUGAAAAGUAAUUUUUAAACUGCUUUGCUUUUAAAUAGCUUCUUCCAUUUGCUGCAAAAAAAUUAAAAUUGCGGUAAUUGCCUGGCUGCUCGAAAAAUCCAUAAAUGAACUGUAAACUGAAUAUGUCUAUAUGAAAGAGCACUAUUUUAACAUGGUAAGCAUAUUUUUUCUUAAAUAAAACUUACAUUAAACCUG